AUGACUUCCCUUCAUGACUUGAGGGAUGAUGACCUCUACUCUGAUCUCUUCGACAGCCACGUCUACCUGCAUACCUACCAUCUUAGCCAAGAUGAUUACGUGUACGACCAGCGAUAG